UUUACGUCAUAGGAAUCCGGCUUUAUGUCGCUAACAAAUCUUGCUCGAAAUCGCGAGAAAAAAAUAACGUAUGUAUAUCUCGCGAUAAAGAUACGUGGAAUUUGCGUUACUGCGCAACAAUUUCGCAACCUCGUGGCCAUCAAAUAGGACUCGUACAGAUCGUAUUUUACUACCGGCACACGCCCGAAGCCGCUUCCGCUGCGCCACCCGGGAUUAUGAUCUGCGACGAUCUUAACCUUUAAUGACAGCUCCGAAGAUUCAGGUUGCAACAUAAGCAAAAAAUGCAGACGAUAAAGUGUGUUGUGGUGGGUGAUGGAGCGGUUGGUAAAACAUGCCUCUUGAUUUCUUACACCACAAAUAAGUUUCCUUCCGAAUAUGUGCCUACUGUUUUUGACAAUUAUGCGGUAACUGUGAUGAUAGGAGGUGAUCCAUAUACAUUAGGAUUAUUUGAUACAGCUGGUCAAGAAGAUUAUGACAGAUUGCGUCCUUUAAGUUAUCCUCAGACAGAUGUAUUUCUUGUGUGUUUUUCAGUUGUAUCGCCAUCAUCGUUUGAAAAUGUAAAAGAAAAGUGGGUGCCUGAAAUAACGCAUCAUUGCCAGAGAACCCCAUUUCUACUUGUUGGAACACAAAUCGAUUUGAGAGAUGAUGUUGCAACAACAGAGAAGCUUGCAAAAAAUAAGCAGAAGCCAAUAUCUGGUGAACAAGGCGAAAAACUCGCCAAGGAACUCAAAGCUGUAAAAUAUGUAGAGUGCAGUGCUCUAACACAGAAAGGUUUGAAGAAUGUAUUCGAUGAAGCUAUUUUAGCCGCAUUGGAACCUCCCGAACCUGUAAAGAAAAGAAAGUGUACGCUUCUGUAAGUCGACAAGGAGGAUUUAUCAUUGAAGGAACGCAUGUCGGAUAUCAAAAUAACGCUACGUAGUACCAGACGAUAGUCUUGUAUGUAGUACUGUAUCGAAUAGAAUUAAAUUUGCCUCUAUACUUCGUAACCGGAGGGAAGAACAAGUAAUCGCGCAGACGCCGACUAGGACAGCGAUUGCAAACACAUUCCAUGAGGCGUGCAACACGAUUCUGAAUUUGUAAGGUCAGAGAAAAGUUUUCUAUCAAACAAUAUGGCUAUCUUUUUGAGAUAACUUAUUGCACAAAGCUUUCAUUUUUCCGACGCGAUUUUCUAGACGACGCGAAAUUUUGAAGCGCGUCUGAGGAUUUUCAGACGAAAGUUUCGAAAUUGUUUUAAAAUCGUUAACUUUUGAUGUUUAUAUUGAAUAGGACAAAGGUGGAGAAACAUAGAGAGAUUGGUGCUAUUAUUCAAUAUUUUUUUAAGUCGAAAUGUUUACUGAGAUAUAUAUAAGUAUCUGAGUCGUCGGUAUCUGAUAGAGUACUCAUUUGAAUUAAUAAGGUAUUCAAACAUUCAUUUAAUUAAAAUGACUAUUGUUUCAAUACCUAUUAGAGUAAAAUUUUCGUUUUCGACGAUAUCAGUAUUAGAAAUUUUAUGGUGAAUGUAUAAAACGAUAAAUAUAGCAGUAUCAUGUAGGUAUAUUAUCGAUUGCAUAUAAUAAGAAGAUUAUUAUUACUAUUUCUAACAAUCGGUCUACACAUAAAAUAUCAUUAUUGAAAUAUUAAAGGUUUUUACUGCCUUUGGAAAAUUUGUUUGGAUAUGACAUAAUUUUUGGAAAUUGUCAUAUAUAGUAAGUAUAUAAUUAAUUUCUUAUCAUUUAUUUUUUGUCCGAAGCAUGAAGCGUGCGAGCAAAAGCUUUUUAAUAUCGAUAAUGAAUCUUCAGAUCUUUUAAAAUAUACACGGCAGCUACCUUAACGAAGGAAAGCUUUUAAGAAAAUUGACCAAUUUCUUCGAGCGUUUUUGAGUGCCCUUUAUUACAUAGCAAAGUAUUUUCAACGAAUUUAUCACUUAACACAAAGAGAAUAGAGUUUUUAAAUCUUUUUCUUAAACAUUUAUGAUUCUUACAAUUAUAUGCAAUUUUUUCAACUAUCACGAUGUGGCAUGCAAUGAAUUAUAUCAAUUUACAAUCUCAAAAGCAUGCGACUGGCUAAUUUUUUAUGGAGCUCAAUUGUCGCAUAUCGUUAGUAUUAAUAGCGCAUAUAAAUAUUCGCAUUGCGAUACGUUGUCGAUUUAUAAACAUCGAAUGGGGAUGUUAGGAGAGAAAGCAUUUCAUCAAAAAGAUUUAAUCAACUUUUACACUACGAAUCCAGUUAAAAAGCAUUUAUUAUUAGCACUGUAUGUGUCAUAAUAUAGACACAGUCAUAUAUAAUGAAAUAUUCGCAUAAAUAUAUUUAUACUAUGUA